UGUAUAUUUAAUAAUUUAUAAAAAUGGGGUAAUGCACUUCAAGUGAUGGGGAUCCUUAACCAACAAGUAGACUGUUAAAAGCAAAAAUAAGGGAAUUUCCUAAUAUUGACUUUUAUAAAGGUGAUUAUCCAAUCAGCUUACAUCCAUCAAUCAGUUUUCAUCAAAAGCAUUGGAAUUCCCAUCAUCAAUAACAUCAAUUAACCAAAUUUUACUCUGAUCUAGAGUCAGACAAAUAGUAUAUGCAAUGGUUAUAUCCUAAUUUUUUUCAAUCAUUUUUAAAUAUGAAUAGCUUCAGAUUGACACCACAAGAGAGAAAUAUGUUCUUAUCAGAGCCUGAGGUAUAUAUUUAGGUUGAUUAACAAGAUUAUGAAACUUUACAAAUAAAAUGUAGGAAUGUUUCUUCGAUUUCUUGGAAUUAUCAGGAAUGAAAGAUAACAAUUAGAGAUAAUAGAUAAUAUUUAAUUGGAUUAAUGUCUUUUUACUUAUACUCACAAUUUAAAUAGAAUUUAAAGAUUCAUUUCAUCUAUGAGUAUUUUAGGAAUGAGAGAGGAAGCCUUAGAAUUUUUGCACUUACUACAAAAUAAAUUGAAUAAGAAGCAUAAAGUUUAUCUUUCAAAAUUUGUAGGUUAUGAAUAACUUUUAGAAGAAGGAAAUUUGGAUUCUACAUAAUUGAGGUAAUUUGAUUAUAUAAUCUUAAGCGAUCCAAAUAAUAAAAAAAGUUUUGGAGAAUAUAAAAACAAUUAUGUUUAAGAAGAUUUGUGUGAAAAACCCUGGGUGUCAAUAAUUAUAUUGACAAAAGAAUUCAUUGAAAUUCCAUUAUCAGAAAAUUCAAUAAAUGUAAAAGUAGCAGUUUGA